AUGGCUCCUCGCACCGUCACGGCCAUCGACAAGAACUGGCAAUUCAGGCAGGCCGCCCACGACGACAGCACCUACUUGCCCGUCGGCCAGUUCCCAACCAACGUCCACCUUGACCUACUGCACAAUAAAAAGAUCCCCGACCCGUUCAUUGGCAAAAAUGAGCUUGAUGUUCAAUGGAUCGGCGAGGUUGCCUGGGUUUACAAGACGACCUUUGCCGGCCAGAAAGUGCCCAAAGGCGCCAAGGCCGUUCUGGCGUUUGAUGGCCUCGACACCUUCGCCACGGUGCGCCUAAACGGCAAGACGAUCCUGGAGGCGGAAAACAUGUUUCUUCCAGAGCGUGUGGAUGUCACAGAUGUGCUAGCACAGGAUGGUGAUAAUGAACUGGAGAUUACUUUCGACAGUGCCUACCUCCGCGGCUGGAAGCUUGUUGAGGAGCAUCCGGACCACAAGUACAUCUGCUGGAAUGGCGAUGAUUCGAGGUUGGCCGUCCGCAAGGCGCAAUAUCACUGGGGAUGGGACUGGGGCCCCGCCCUCUUGACCUGUGGUCCUUGGAGACCCAUUUCCCUUGAGGUAUAUGACUCUCGCAUCUCCGAUCUUCACAACGAGAUCAAGGUGGACGAAUCUCUAAAGAGCGCCAAGGUGGUGGCCCGCGCUACGACAGAGGGCACAGCGUCCAAAGUGCAAUUCAGCAUUUCCCUAGAUGGUACCGAAGUUGCAUCCCAAACCGCAGAUGUCCAGGACGGCAAGGCGGAGUCGACUUUUGAGAUUGAGAACCCAGAGCUUUGGUACCCAGUCAGACACGGAAAGCAAACCAUGUACACGGUCAAGGCCAUUCUACUUUCGGAGACUGUCGAAGUGGACUCAGUGUCGAAGAGGAUUGGCAUUCGCAAGCUCGAGCUUGUCCAGCGACCGCUAAAGGAGCAGCCCGGCACCAGCUUCUUCUUCGAGGUCAACAACAUCCCGAUCUUCUGUGGCGGCAGCGACUGGAUUCCCGCAGACAACUUCAUCCCUCGUAUUUCCAAGCAGAGAUAUUACGACUGGGUUAAGCUAGUGGCCGAUGGCAAUCAAUUCAUGAUCAGAGUGUGGGGUGGCGGCAUCUACGAAGAGGAAGCCUUCUACGACGCCUGCGACGAACUAGGCGUUCUGGUUUGGCAAGACUUCAUGUUUGGCUGCGGAAACUACCCUUGUUGGCCAGAGCUGCUGAAGUCCAUCGACCGCGAGGCCAGGGAGAAUGUCAAGCUCCUGCGACAUCACCCCAGCAUUGCCAUCUGGGCUGGCAACAACGAGGACUAUCAGGUGGCCGAGAGCGACAAUCUCACCUACGACUUUGACAACAAAGAUGCUGAGAGCUGGCUGAAGACGGAUUUCCCGGCUCGAUACAUCUAUGAGAAGAUCCUUGCGGACGUGUGCAAGGACCUCAUCCCUGAGACGACGUACCACUAUGGCAGUCCUUGGGGUGGCAACAAGACGACCGAUCCCACUAUUGGAGAUAUCCAUCAAUGGAAUGUCUGGCACGGAAGCCAGGAAAAGUACCAGAACUUCGACAAGCUUGUCGGUCGUUUUGUGUCUGAAUUCGGCAUGGAGGCCUUCCCCAGCAUCAAGACCAUCGAUGCGUAUCUUCCACUGGGCAAAGAUGAUCCGGACCGCUUCCCGCAAUCUUCGACUGUCGACUUCCACAACAAGGCAGAUGGCCACGAGCGCCGCAUUGCCCUCUAUCUCGUAGAAAACAUGCGAUAUGCCCCUGACCCGAUAGAGCACUUCAUCUACUGCACCCAGCUGAUGCAGGCCGAGUGUCUUGCGUCAGCCUACAGACUCUGGAAGCGCGAGUGGCGUGGCCCCGGCAAAGAGUACUGCGGUGGUGCGCUUGUCUGGCAAAUCAAUGACUGCUGGCCCGUCACGUCCUGGGCUAUAUGCGACUACUACCUCAGGCCGAAGCACGCCUACUUCACAGUGAAGCGAGAGAUGGCACCCAUUUCCAUCGGAAUCAAGCGACAGGAGCACAAGCACCCCAAGGACAAGUAUACUCGCGUUCACAUCGAGACCAAGGUCCAGGUUGAGAUUUGGGGCAGCAACCUGAUGCUCGAAAACCUGACGGCGGACUGCGUCGUCAAGGCCUGGGAUGUCGAGUCUGGCAAGGAAACCUUCUCUCAAACGGUCUCGCCGUCCAUCCUACUGCCAAAGAACCGCUCCACCGAGAUUUCGGUGCUCGAUGUCCCCGUUGAGAAGCCCAACGCGGGUCUUGAGGGCCGCACCGUUGUUGCUGCCUACCUCUACCAAGAAGGCAAGCAGAUUGCGCGUUAUGUCAACUGGCCUGAGCCGCUCAAGUAUCUGCACCUCCAAAAGCCCAAGUCUCUCCGGGCCGAGGUGGCCGACGACGGCAAGACUGUAGAGGUCAGCGCCGAGGUGCCCGUCAAGGGCCUGGCGCUGGAGUGCGAGGAUGACGACGUCAAGUUCGAAGACAACUUGGUUGACAUCGUUCCUGGCGAAGUAGUACGCGUCGGUGUGAGCGGUACCAAAAAAGGAACUGUCAUCACGACGCAGUACUUGGGGAUGAUGAGUUAG